AUGUCCUCUUGUAACCUAAAAAAUAGGGAAGAAGCCAAAAUUAGAUUCUCUGCUCUGGUAUUAAAGAGUCUAACCUCUUACACUCCGAGUUCUUUCGAAUUCGAUUCAAAAUGGAAGCACUUAGUCGACUUACCUCUUGCUGAUCCACAGCCCAGUAACUUCCAAGGUUUCGACUUACUUAUCGGGGCUAACGAAUACGGCAAAAUCAUGCUGGAUGGGGUGGUAAAGGGACCACCCGGCACCCCAAUCGCGCAGCGUACCGUGUUUGGCUGGGUCCUGUCGGGAUCGUGUGGGCCAACACACGGAAGCUCGCGAUCGGGGCUGCAAGUCCAUCACGUCGAGUUACUCGACGAUCUGCAUACAAAUCUGAAAAAAUUCUGGGAAUUAGAGGAGACUCCAAAGGGGUUAGGAUUAACUCGCGAUCAAUUAGACUGUGAAAACCAUUUCAAAGAAACUCACUGCCGCCGUACCGAUGGACGUUACGAGGUUAGGUUGCCGUUCGCAAAAAACCCCAAGCUCACGGUAGGGGACACUGCAAAUAUUGCAAAGAAAAUCUUUCAGUCAACCGAAUUGCGAGUAAGGAAGAAUCCCGAGGUGUAUAGGGAAUAUCAAACCUUUUUGCAAGAGUAUCUUGAUUUAGGUCACAUGAGUCGAAUAAAGGAAACCGAAUCUUUAAACGAUAAAGUUUUUAUUUCGCACUUACCUGUAUUGCGUCAGGAAAGCCAGACCACGAAAUUGCGCGUAGUCUUCAAUGCUUCAAUGAGCUCCUCUAACGGCAAAUCAUUGAAUGACUGCCUCCACGUAGGGCCCAAUUUGCAAGCAAAUCUGUUUGCGAUACUGAUUAGGUGGCGUUGGCACCGCUUUGUAUACACGGCGGACAUUGCGAAAAUGUUCCGCCAAAUACGCGUAGCACCCGAAGACACUAAAUAUCAGUGUAUCUUCUGGCGUUCUUCAGAAAAUUCCCCGCUAGCAGCUUAUCGUUUGGAAACCGUCACUUACGGCACGGCGUGUGCACCCUUUCACGCCAAUCGCGUCUUAAAACAACUCGCGAAAGACGAAGGCGAAAAGUAUCCGUUAGGAGCAGCCAUCUUGUUAGACGAAUUCUACGUAGAUGAUGCUAUGUUCGGUGCAGACGAUCCGUUGCUCUUAGUGCACAUGCGCAAUGAGCUGAACCGAUUGCUCAUGGCGGGCGGGUUUAAAUUGAGAAAAUGGGCAAGCAACUCUUCGUCUCUUCUUCAAGAUAUCCCAUCAGAGGAUCAUGGGCUAGCGGUCAGCAGAACCUUGCAGGAUGACGAAAGGGUAAAGGUGUUAGGGAUUCAGUGGAACCCCUCCUCCAAUGUCUUUCAUUUUCACACAAAUUCCCCCGAACUUAGGAAAUACACGAAGCGGGCAUUCUUAUCGCUAUUGGCAAAAACAUACGAUCCGUUAGGUUGGAUAGCACCCUUUAUUGUUCAAGGAAAAAUAAUCUUACAAAAGUUGUGGCUGGCAAAAGUUGACUGGGACGACAAUUUACCGUCAGAUUUAGCACGCGAUUGUGAGAAGUUUCACUCAAUGCUCUUCUAUACUAGAAAUAUUUCGAUUCCUAUAUGGGUAGGCGCAGGAGGGGGGAUAAAAACGGUGCAACUACACGGCUUCUGUGAUGUCUCUCAUCUAGCGUAUGCAGCAGCGGUGUAUAUCCGAGUAGAGUCUUCGUCAACAAAGGUCUCGCUGCUGUAUGCAAAAACUAAGGUGGCCCCGUUGAAAGUGCAGAGCAUUCCUCGGCUUGAACUCUGCGCGGCUGAGCUGUUGAGUCGUGCGAUCAAUUUUGUUCUUGGGGCGUUGCGAGUCAAACUCGAUGCCAUUGUCUGUUGGUCAGAUUCAAAAGUCGUAUUAGAUUGGUUAAAUGCGCCUCCAGGAAACUGGAAGACCUUCGUAGCAAAUCGAGUAUCGGAAGUGCAAACGAGCUUACCCUCUGCACUGUGGCGUCACGUUCCAGGGACUCAAAACCCCGCCGAUUGCGCGUCGCGAGGAUGCUCAGCCAGGGAUCUCAAGGAACAUGAUCUCUGGUGGAGUGGACCGAGCUGGCUGUCAGAUCCCUCAGAGAGCUGGCCACAGCAAGGGUUCACUCCAAGAGACGAGCAGGUUGGCGAGGAAUGUUCGGUACAGCUGAUUUCAAACGUAGAUCGCAAACUAGAACCGUUGGAGGUCUUCUCUCGUUUCUCUUCGUGGCCUAAAUUAUUGAGAGUACUACUAUAUGUGUACAAAUUCUACAACGCAUGUAGAAAAAAUCCAAACAUAGAGAAGGGCACAGUCGUCUCGAAGUCAGAAAUACAGUUCGCAAAAACUAAAUGCUUUCAACUGAUUCAAGCGAAUCACUUUCCAGCAGAAUUGAGAGAACUUGCUAAACCAAAAGGAGUGCUGACUAAAAGUUCAAUUUUGGCUCUUUCUCCGUAUUUAGAUAAAGAUCACAUAAUUCGUGUGGGUGGGCGCUUAAAGUACUCCCCUCUGUCGGAAUCGGAGAAACAUCCGAUAAUACUUCCGCGAUGCCACGUCACUUCACUAAUUUUGAGACACGUGCACAUCAUGACGCAGCAUGGAGGGCUGCAACUGACACUGCGAACCCUGCGCCAGCAGUAUUGGGUCAUUCACGCGCGAACCCAAUUUAUAGUGGACACGCAGUGCUACGUUAGUUCAGUGCUCAGAGACGCUCAAGUUAAAGACUAA